AUGAAGAGGAAGAGAGCAGGUGAGCAUGGUGGUGCUUCAAUGGCGAUGGCGGCAAUGUUUCUUGAACUCUGGUUUUUAAUUCUAGAAAGAGGGGAGUCGGUGGUGAUGAAGUUACAUGCAAGCGCAAUGAUGUUGAUGGAAAUUAAAAUUUAUGUGAUGGAGAGACUUUGUAGACAAAAAAGUAAGGGAAGUUCUUGGGAAGACUUAAACAUAUGUCCUGCCAUUAAACUAAAAUUGUCCAAGAUUAAGGAACUUCAAAGAUUUUGGAGAGUUGUAGCAUCUAGUUAUCAACAAUUUGAAGUGAGGCUUUUACAUGAUGCAUAUGUUGUAGACCUUGGUAAGAAAACAUGUGGAUGUAGAGGUUGGCAAUUAACUGGUUACCCCUGCGUGCAUACAUAUGCUGCCAUUUCAAACCUCAAUAGGGAUCCAGAGGACUAUGUAUCACCAUGGUUGACCACAAUAAUGUUUUGUAAUGACUACAUGUACACCAUUAAGCCACUAAAUGGUAGUGAUAUGUGGCAUGAUGUUGAUUACAUCAAGCCAUUGCCUCGCAAAAAGAGAAGGAUGCUAGGAAGAUCAUCAACAAAAAGGAAAAGGGAUCAGAUUGAGAGUGAACUAAAGGGCAAUAAGCAUACAGUCUCAAAAAGGGGUAUUGUUAUGAGAUGCAACAUAUGCAGAGAAACAGGACAUAAUAAAUCAGAAUGUCCUCAAAACCCAAUUGGGGAAUCAUCUAAUCUAAAGCCAAAGUCAAAAAAUAAAAAACCCAAAAAAAAGGUUGAAUUGGUUCAAGAAGUUGAUGUGGAAAUUGAUAGUGACAGUGAAGUUCAAAGGGAGUCUGAUAGUGAGGUGGAGUCUUAUGAAGUUGAUUUUGAAGAGGGUAAUCAUACAUAUGAAGAUGUUGAAGCACUUGUUUAUGUUGAAGUUGAAGAAGGUGAAUACCAGACUGUAGUUGUAGAUCAAGUAGAAUUUGAAGUUCAAGGACAGUAUGAAGGUCAAGAUGGUGAAGAACUUGAUGUACUUCAAGAUCCAGUUGGACAAGAUGACCAAGGACAGGCUGCAGUUCAAGAUCCAGUGGAAGAGGAGCAUAUGCAAGAAGUACCAGCAUUUCAAGUUCUACAGGGAAAGAGAAUAAGGAAACCUUCAGAAAGAAUCACAAAAAUUAAGAUAAGAAAGAAGUGUGAGGGGAAACAGGGGAGUAGUUGUGAAAAUCCAACGGAAUUGGAAUAG